AUGACGAGAUACUCUUUGAACACGCAGAGGAAGUUGACCGCGCAAGACAUACCGUUGUUCCAACAGCCGCGCCUUACCACCCUGCUGCUAAAACUCUCGAGCAUUGAAGUUUUCGCCCGUGCAGCUGUCCAGCCUCUGCCCUACGACAAUCUCAGGACAUUCCGCCUUUCGGCCUCCAAGUAUCCAUCCGCGGCCCUCGACAAAUUUCUCAAAAACGCAGGCAAGCUCAAGAAAUUCGAGUUUCACCAUAGCGCACAUGCACGGCUCAUUGAUACUAUACCCCCAAACUUUUCGGAGCUUCUACAGCCUUGCCGAGACAAGCUGGAGAUUCUGCAGCUGUCGUGGGACUGCCAUGAGCCGCUCACGUUUCAUGGUCCGGGAAUGGCGUUCGGAAACUUUACCGCGCUGCGAUAUCUGGCCAUUCCAGCGAGAGCCUUGUUCGGUGCCUACAUGUGGACAAAGGACAUAAAUUGGCUGCAAAUGAUUACGGAACGAAUCCCGCCGAAUGUCAAGAUUAUGUACUUCGACGAACUGGAGAUUUGGCCAGUUGAGGAGGAAGAGAGGGAGGACUUUGUGCAAGAUUACGAAUCUGACGAUGGGGAACCAUUAUUCACGCUCUCGCCCUCAGACUAUGCCAUGAUAAAAACACUCUUGGAGAACACCGCGUUGUUUCCGAAGCUCAAGUGGAUUGCAUGGACUGCCGAUGUGGACAUCACGGAACAGAAUGACCUUUAUGAACUUUCCAAGGAAGUAGGUGUCGAGAUCAUGGGUGUUCGUGGCAUUCAUGACAUUCCACCCGAGGACAUUGAUCGCCUUUAA